AUCUCCGCCCCGCCCCGCGUCCAGCGUCCACCGGAAGUGUCCACGGCGCAGGCUCACUUCCGCCCGGCAGGUGACAGCCACGGUUCCCUGAGAGCAGCCGGCGUCGGAGCGGGUGGACUGACGGACCGAGCGGCCAGCUGAGCGGGCGCGGAGCCGAGACCGUGGACGUCGUGCAGCCUAGCCGAGAGCUCUGCCCCCGAUCCAGGGACCAAAAUGACUGACUCCAAGUAUUUCACCACUACCAAGAAAGGGGAGAUCUUUGAGCUAAAGGCAGAGCUCAAUAGCGACAAGAAGGAAAAGAAGAAGGAGGCUGUGAAGAAAGUGAUUGCGUCCAUGACCGUGGGCAAAGAUGUCAGUGCCCUCUUCCCUGAUGUAGUGAACUGUAUGCAGACCGAUAACCUGGAAUUGAAGAAACUGGUGUACUUAUACCUGAUGAAUUAUGCCAAGAGCCAGCCAGACAUGGCCAUCAUGGCGGUCAACACCUUCGUUAAGGACUGCGAGGAUCCCAAUCCCCUGAUCCGGGCCCUGGCCGUGCGGACCAUGGGCUGCAUUCGAGUGGAUAAGAUCACGGAGUACCUGUGUGAGCCCCUCCGCAAGUGCCUGAAGGACGAGGACCCUUACGUGCGCAAGACGGCUGCCGUGUGCGUGGCCAAGCUGCAUGACAUCAAUGCGCAGCUGGUGGAGGAUCAGGGCUUCCUGGAUACCCUCAAGGACCUCAUUUCAGACUCCAACCCCAUGGUGGUGGCCAAUGCUGUGGCCGCCCUCUCGGAGAUAGCUGAGUCUCACCCGAGCAGCAACCUCUUGGACCUGAACCCACAGUCAAUCAACAAACUGCUGACAGCCUUGAAUGAGUGCACAGAGUGGGGGCAGAUCUUUAUCUUGGACUGCCUGGCAAACUACAUGCCCAAGGAUGACCGGGAAGCGCAGAGCAUCUGUGAGCGCGUGACCCCUCGGCUCUCUCAUGCCAACUCGGCUGUCGUGCUGUCAGCGGUGAAGGUGCUGAUGAAGUUCAUGGAGAUGCUCUCCAAGGACCUCGACUACUACGGCACUCUCCUGAAGAAGCUGGCACCACCACUGGUCACUCUGCUGUCGGCCGAGCCAGAGCUGCAGUACGUGGCCCUGCGGAACAUCAACCUCAUCGUGCAGAAGAGGCCGGAGAUCCUGAAGCAUGAGAUGAAGGUCUUUUUUGUCAAGUACAAUGAUCCCAUCUAUGUGAAGCUAGAAAAACUGGACAUCAUGAUCCGCCUGGCCUCCCAAGCCAACAUUGCCCAGGUGCUGGCAGAAUUGAAGGAGUACGCCACAGAAGUGGAUGUGGACUUUGUACGCAAGGCCGUCCGUGCCAUUGGCCGCUGUGCCAUCAAGGUGGAGCAAUCCGCUGAGCGCUGUGUGAGCACACUGCUAGACCUGAUCCAGACCAAGGUCAACUACGUAGUACAGGAGGCCAUUGUGGUGAUCAAGGACAUCUUCCGCAAGUACCCCAACAAGUAUGAGAGUGUGAUCGCCACCCUAUGUGAGAACCUGGACUCCUUGGAUGAGCCCGAGGCACGCGCAGCCAUGAUCUGGAUUGUGGGGGAGUACGCUGAGAGGAUCGACAAUGCCGAUGAGCUCCUAGAAAGUUUCCUGGAGGGCUUCCACGAUGAAAGCACCCAGGUUCAGCUCCAGCUGCUGACAGCUAUUGUGAAGCUCUUCCUGAAGAAGCCAACAGAAACCCAGGAGCUCGUACAGCAGGUCCUCAGCCUGGCUACCCAGGACUCCGAUAACCCUGAUCUGCGGGACCGAGGCUACAUCUAUUGGCGCCUGCUCUCUACAGACCCCGUGGCGGCCAAGGAAGUGGUCCUGGCUGAGAAGCCGCUCAUCUCAGAGGAGACUGACCUCAUUGAGCCCACCCUUCUCGAUGAGCUCAUCUGCUACAUUGGCACGCUGGCCUCCGUCUACCACAAGCCCCCCAGUGCUUUUGUGGAGGGCAGUCGGGGGGUGGUGCAUAAAAGCCUGCCCCCACGCACGGGCUCGAGUGAGAGUGCCGAGAGCCCUGAGGCCGCCCCGACAGGGGCACCCCCCAGUGAGCAGCCAGCUGUCAUCCCUGCCCAGGGGGACCUCCUUGGUGACCUGCUCAACCUGGACCUGGGCCCCCCUGUGAGCGGGCCCCCUAUGACCACAGCCUCAGUCCAAAUGGGAGCCGUGGACCUACUUGGCGGAGGUCUGGACAGCCUGAUGGGGGACGAGUCUGAAGGGCCUAGAGGCGAUGUGAGUGGAAGCCCUGCAAUGGGAGGCACCAAUUUUGCUGCACCUCCUGCAGGAACGAUGCCAGCCACCCUGAGUGCGCCCAUUGGUGGUGGCUUGGGCGACCUCUUCGACUUGACCAGUGGAGUGGGAACCCUCUCGGGCUCCUAUGUGGCUCCUAAAGCAGUCUGGCUCCCUGCCAUGAAAGCCAAAGGCCUGGAGAUCUCGGGCACCUUCACCCGCCAGGUGGGCUCCAUCUCCAUGGACCUCUUGCUGACCAACAAGGCCCUGCAGGUCAUGUCUGACUUUGCCAUCCAGUUCAACCGCAACAGCUUCGGCCUGGCCCCCGCGGCCCCGCUGCAGGUCCACGCGCCCCUGAGCCCCAACCAGACGGUGGAGAUCUCCCUCCCCCUCAACACCGUGGGCUCCGUCAUGAAGAUGGACCCCCUGAACAACCUGCAGGUGGCUGUGAAGAACAACAUCGAUGUUUUCUACUUCAGCACCUUGUACCCGUUACACAUCCUCUUUGUGGAAGAUGGGAAGAUGGAGCGGCAGAUGUUCCUGGCCACGUGGAAGGACAUCCCCAAUGAGAACGAGGCCCAGUUCCAGAUCAAAGACUGCCCCCUGAAUGCAGAGGCCGUCAGCAGCAAACUGCAGGGCAGCAACAUCUUCACCAUUGCCAAGAGGAACGUGGAGGGCCAGGACAUGCUGUACCAGUCCCUGAAGCUCACCAAUGGCAUCUGGGUCCUGGCCGAGCUUCGGAUCCAGCCUGGCAACCCCAACUUCACGGUAAGGUUCUUGGCAGCCCCCUGGAGGCCUCCUCAUCAGCCGGCUCAGAAGCCCGGUGCCUGCGGCGGGCGGCCGGGUCGCCCACGCUCCCUCCCCUCCCAGGUGACUCAAAGCUGGCACCGCUCUCACCAACCUUGGAUUUAAGUGGAUUCUGUUCUCAGAAAACAGGAUGAAAACCCGGAGAAGGAAAUUCUUUUCCCGUCUCCCUUCCCUCCUGGAGGGGGCCGGGAGCAUCGCCUUCUUUCCCCUCCUCGCGGGGGGCAGGGCCGCCCUCCCCUGCCAGCAUCCAGCCUGGCGCUGCCAUGGGCCCGAGUGGGCGUGUUUAUUCCCACCUCCCCGCUCCCCAUCUGUUUGGUCGCCUCCCCCGCAGGGUCCCUGCGCUCCCUCCCUCCUUCCUUCUGUCUUCCCUCUUGUGGACGCCCCCACAGCCGCUCCUCCCGCACCCCCCAGCCUUCGGCCUACUCCAUUCCACGGCACCCUUAGGCUCCGGCCGAGGCCCAGGAGCAGAGGACGAAGGAUGGGCCCGAACCCCGCGUUUCCCGACCCCACGGCCCAGCUCUCCCGGGGCCGCUCGCUCCCUUCUCGGCCGUUUCCCCAUCUCUGAAAUGAGGAAGGCAGGCGGGUCCUUCCCAGCUCUCGAAUUUUCCGGGUCUGUGAUGAUGGUGGUGAUGCUUGCUGCCCCGCCUCAUGUGACCCUCACCAUCCCGUGCCCAUUUUACAGAUGAAGAAACGGGCCGAGAGAUGUUAGGGGACUCGCUCUAGCGUAAACCUGGGCCUUCCUGCCCCGCGUCACGGGCCGCUGCCAGGCAGCUUCUCUUUUCCCCGCGAGGUCAUCCCUGGACUCUAGUGCCGGCUAGAGCCGGCAUGCCAGAAGUCCCGAGUCGCUGGCAGGCCCCGGCUCCCGUCCCUCCCCCCUGCUCCCCGCUUGCCUCAAGCCUCCUGGGAUGGGCUCCCUGACAACCUGCGGCUGCUGAUUCAUCCCCUCCUCUCCUGGCAGAGCCGGGCAGCCGGCUGGCAGCAGGUGUGUGGGCUGGAGGUAUAUUUGGGUCUCCGGGCCGACGUGGCGGAGGAGGCUGGCACGUCGCCCCCUGCUUCGUGCAGGCACAUCUGCAAGCCUCCGGGCCUUGCUGGAGCCCCCUUUCCAGUCCCCUGCUCUGCGCGUGCACCCCCAUCCCGUAAGAGACGGGCCUGGGCUCUUGUGCCGGCCGGCCCAGCAGCCCUUUCUCCGGUGUCGUCCCCACAGCUGUCCCUGAAGUGCCGCGCCCCCGAGGUCUCCCAGCACGUCUACCAGGCCUACGAGACCGUUCUCAAGAACUGAUGGGCCCCUCCCGGCCCCCUGCCCCCAGGCCACGGGACCCCCGAGAGGCGACAGCAGAGGAGGCUUCCUGUGGGACACCCAGCUGCAGGGGCCCCGGGGCGCCCACUUCUGCUGGGCCCCAGCUCCCCGGGGAAGGGAUGAGGGGCCUGCCUCGGUGCGGGGCGCCCCUCUGCUGCCGCUGAGGUUCAGCAGGGGAAAGAAAGUGGGAGAACGCUGGGGGGCAUGUUGGGGGGCCAUCUUCCAAGUUCAGGCCCCAAACAGACCCUGGGAAGGCCCUCUGUCUCUUGGGCUUUUUCUUGACUAUCCAAGAACCCCUGUGGACCGGCUUCCCUCCUCAGCUAGAUCUGCAUUCUGUCCUUGGGAAGGCGGGAGGCAGGGCGGGGAGGGACGGCCUCUCUCCAUCCAAGAUGGCGGCCCCACGUCUUCUUCCCCCACGUUUGCUUUGGCUGAAACCUCCCCCAGUCCAUCCGCCUGGGCCUCGCGGGGUCCCCACGGACCCCAGAAGCCGGGCGUUGGGCCUGCCGCUCGUCGUGCCCUCUCCCUCGGCUUCUUCAGAUCCCCACACGGGUGCUCGCGGGAUUGGAAAUCCUCCCCAUUCCCCACCGAAAGCUGCAGUCCUGCCCCUGGGGGGCUUCCUCCCCUUCCCUCCUGGGCAGCCGUUGCCCUGCCAGCCCGGGGAGCUCCUCGGGCUGGUGCUGCUGCCCCCAUCCCCUGGGUCGGAGCUUUGGCCGCCGCCUCCUGCCGGACCUCCGAGCGCCUUUUCCUGCUCUUUGUUAAUAAAGAAUUAUCGCUUCGGGCAACCAGUGACACUAAUUUUUUUGUCCCCCCCAAAGUGCGCAGAGGGGUUGGGGUAAGACUUGGGCCCUUGCAGUAAAUAUAUCUAAUAUAUAUAAAUAAGAGGUAUAUAUAUUGUAUGUUUACUCGUGUUUUCAGAGAGAGACAAUAAAAGUGACAUCUUGCCAUCA